GUUGCACUUGCGCUUGCGUGGAGCUGUUCUUCUGGAUAAGAGCUGAUAGAAAACUGGGAGGGAAUUAAUUAGGUGAGUUUCUUCAUCUUGAUAUGAACACCAGGCUACACACACACAGAGAGAGUCCGGGCUGACGUCAGACAGACGCGCCUUAAAACCAAAGAGCGCAUCAGAGGGAAAUGCAUGGUUUGAUCACACACACACACUUACACACACAUACACACACACUCGCUUUGGAUUGUAAGAUAGCAGGGACACUGUAGAAGCUGCGGCAGCUAGGUGAAUGAGGCGGAACUGCAAGGGAAGCAAAGAAGUUACUUUUAAAGGCUGUUUUCGUGGUGCGUAAAAUGAAAGUGGUGCGUAAAUGUCUGCUUGACCCCAUUUGGAUAAGGUUGUAGAUGGUAGCAACAUUUUAAAAACGGAAAAAGUUGACUGGAGAAGUAGCUCUGAACUCGUGUCAGAGGCAAAAGUCUAUCCCUUGGCACGGAUGCUGUUGGAUGUCGCCUCGGGUCUGCGCUCCUGCUUCUGUGUCUUUGAUCUCAUUUGAGCCAUGGCUUACUCUCCGCUGGGAUACUCCUACUCCACCACACCACAGUUUCUGAUGACCUCCAGCUCUCUGGCCGGUUGUCUGGACACUGGAACUCCUCCGUCACACUCGGUGCUGCGCUCCCCGAACCACCAGCUCACCUCUGGCACCGGCAUUGGAGUUUACAGCGGCCCUUACCCAAAGAGCCAAGGUUACUAUAACACCUGCACCAGCGACGCCACUGCUCUCUAUUCAAGAGGGGCUCUAGAUCCCAAAGAUGGAGUCGCAUCUGUGCAUGUGGGAACAUCUCAGACUCCUGCCUACUAUCCCUAUGAAUAUACAUUUGGACAAUAUCCCUAUGACAGAUAUGGGUAUUCCUGCUCUGACGGCGCGUCCCGUCGUAAAAAUGCCACCCGAGAGACCACCAGCACUCUGAAAGCUUGGUUACAGGAACACCAGAAGAACCCCUACCCCACAAAGGGAGAGAAGAUAAUGCUUGCUAUCAUCACUAGAAUGACACUUACACAGGUUUCUACUUGGUUUGCAAAUGCACGCAGGAGGCUGAAGAAGGAGAACAAGGUGACGUGGUCGCCACGGGCUUGUAAAAGCUCUGAUGACCGAGGCUGUGAUGAUGACAGCGACGAAGCUGAGAAGCCACUUAAAAAUGACAAAGACCUUCCUGAUCAACAAUGUGCAGACCUUCAGAGUGAUCUUGAGGACUUCGAUCUGCUAGAGUCCGAUGGUUCUGAUUGCGAACCAAAACCACAGUUCCUUUCUGAAAACAAUGACCCAAACCCAAACACAGACCUCUCACAUGGGCAUCUCUUACACAACCCAGAGCCACUGCACGGAAAAGAGAGAUUGUCCCCGGACUGCCCCAAACUCACACCGGUCCAACAGCAAAACAACGCCUUCUAUCCUAAUCCAGACCUGCGAAGUACAGAUGCCAAGCCGAAAAUUUGGUCCAUCGCUCACACUGCUGUGUCUUUGGAUGCCAGCUUGCAGCCAGAAUACCCUCCAUGUAUGCUGUCAUCGACCGGGUCCUCCUCUUCAGGGUAUCCAUCAAAUAUGGCGCUAACCAAGGCAGACAGGCAACAGGAAUCACCAGUCGCCACGCUCAGAGAAUGGGUGGACGGAGUUUUCCAUGGUCCUCCUUUCCAACAGCCCAAAUCAGCCGAGGCGUGGAAAGGCAUAAAUGAUGCCGUGAUAGACAGCAGAACACCUGGACAAUCCUUUGAACUUGUUAGGUCUACGUCAUCUUUGUAGUCCAACCAACACGUCAUCAACGGAAUAUUUCAAGGACUGCUGGACUUAAACAAAACGUCUAUAUUUUAUUGUUGUGACUUGACCAAUUGACCGUUCGCUAAGCACCAGCCCUUCUCAUUGACUGUGGCUACGCUUCUCAAGCUUUCCAUUCUCGUACAGCACAAAUGCAGUUAUUAAAGACAGCGGUGGCAGAUUUGCAAUCUUCAAUCCAGACAGGUAGACAAAAGCAGGCUUCUUACUUGUGGCCCACAACCGUUCAAUUUGUUGUCUGAAGACAACUGUUGGUGGCAGAUUUUAUAAUCUCUCGCUAGCUUGCUAAUUAAGCUAAUGUUGUCUCAAUGAGUUUAAUUUAAAAAAAAGCUGGACCAUGUAAAAGGGGUUUUAAAUAUGCGUAUGUUGGCUACAUGAUAUUGCAUUAACUGAUUCGGGCUAAAGCUUCAUGUACCAGGUAAAAAGUCAGCAUAUCCUUGUAGGAGGCAUGCAAGGUUUUAUGACCAACAAAUGCAUCUGUCAAAUACAACGCUAUCUCACGUAAUGUUGGCUCGGUUUGCUGGAGAGUAAACUUUGUAACCCCACAAAGAAGGUAGUUAAUGCUAGCUAAUGAUUUUGUUGGCUUGGCUUUCAAAGUACUGUUUGGUUGCUGUCAGUAAGCAAGUUACCUGUUCAUGCGAAUGACUGCAGCUUACUUUAUAGCUGACACACACACAGAAGUUAUUAAUUAAACUUUUGCUAUUGAAUUUUUGGCUUUGUAAAAGCAGAAAAAAAUGCUACUGCCCUCUAAACAUUUUAAACUAUAGUCCCAUUGCUUCAACAUAUAGAGAGAAAGUUUGACAGCCCAGUUACAGUUACUAAGCUUUGAUUAUUGUUUUGAUGAUUGAUUUGAUGAUUGUACAAUUGUGUUUGGGGUAGGGGAUUAGCAAAUGGUCAACUACCAAUAUUUGAUCCUAAUUUAGCCUUUGGACAGGCCCUAACCCUCUUCCAACUUGCAAACUAUUAUGGGCCCCGUUGAUGGUUAAAUGUCUUAGAGCAAACAGUGUCACCACACACGAUCCUGCAGCAAGGUUGUACAGUUCACACACAUGAAAAAUAUACAAUAUUGUACACUUGCACUAUAGCCUGCACAUGC